UAUUUUUAGGCUACUUUCAAAGGUUGGACUGACAUAAUGAACAGUGCAAUUGAUUCCAGACAAAUAAAUGAUCAACCAGAUGAUGAAGUCAAUAUCUACAUGUACUUGUACUUUGUCUUCUUCAUCAUCUUUGGCUCAUUCUUUACAUUAAAUCUCUUCAUUGGUGUCAUCAUUGAUAAUUUCAAUGAACAGAAGAAAAAGGCAGGUGGAUCUUUAGAGAUGUUUAUGACAGAGGACCAGAAAAAAUACUAUAAUGCUAUGAAGAAAAUGGGAUCUAAAAAACCUUUGAAAGCUAUUCCUCGACCUAGAUUCAAACCACAAGCUAUUAUCUUUGACCUGAUUUCAAGCACAAAAUUUGACAUGGCCAUUAUGUCAUUCAUAAUGUUUAACAUGAUUGUUAUGGGCAUGGAGCACUACCAGCAAACUGAGACUUUUGAGAAUGUUCUUGAGCGCUUGAAUAUCUUCUUUAUUGCUGUUUUCACUGGAGAAUGUAUCUUAAAAAUCUUCGCCCUACGCUUGCACUACUUUAAGGAACCGUGGAAUGUGUUUGAUUUUGUUGUAGUCACACUUUCCAUUCUGGGAGUGGCUCUGAAAGAUCUGAUUGCCAAGUACUUUGUUUCUCCAACCUUGCUCCGUGUUGUUCGUGUUGUGAAAGUGGGCCGAGUACUGAGGUUGGUGAAAGGAGCCCGUGGAAUACGAACACUUCUUUUUGCACUGGCUAUGUCCUUACCUGCACUAUUUAAUAUUUGCCUUCUUCUCUUUUUGGUCAUGUUUAUCUUUGCUAUAUUUGGAAUGUCCUUCUUCAUGAAUGUGAAACAUCGCUAUGGUGUUGAUGAUAAUUUCAACUUUGAAACAUUUGGGCAGUCCAUGAUUGUCCUCUUCCAGAUCUCUACCUCUGCUGGCUGGGAUGGAACUCUUUCAGGUAUUAUUGAUGAGACUGACUGUAUUUCUGGCGUUGAUGGUAACUGUGGAAGUAAAGGCAUUGGUGUUGCCUAUUUGAUUUCAUAUUUGAUAAUUAGCUUUUUAAUCAUCAUCAAUAUGUACAUAGCUGUCAUAUUGGAAAACUAUAGUCAAGCUACAGAAGAUGUUGAAGAAGGCUUAACCAAUGAUGACUAUGAUAUGUACUAUGAGAUAUGGCAAAAGUUUGACCCAGAAGGUACCCAGUUCAUCAAAUAUGAAGAAUUGUCUGACUUUGUGGAUGCCCUUGAGGAUCCUCUACAGAUCAAAAAGCCUAACAAGUACAAACUCAUCUCAAUGGAUAUUCCAAUUUGUGAAGGAAAUACAAUUUACUGUGUUGAUAUUUUGGAUGCUCUGACUAAGAAUUUCUUUGCUCAGAAAGGACGAGUAAUUGAAGAAACAGCUGAGCUAGCUGAAGCUGUGCCUGCAAAAGAGAACAGAGAGUAUGAAGCAAUCAGCACUACCCUCCUUCGGCAAAGAGAAGAGUACUGUGUACGAGUAAUUCAACAAGCUUUUCGAAAGUAUAAAGGGGUUAGCCACAAUAGUCCACAUCAGCAACAGACCUCAGUUAUUGUGGAGAGUGAUGGUCAUGUAAUUAAGAAUGGUCACAAAGUUGUGAUUCAUUCAAGGUCACCAAGUAUUGCAAGUCGAGGGACAGAAGUAUAAAGCUCCUCUAGAAGUUUGGUGAGAAAGGUUAAAAGCUUGUACCCUAAGUAGGGUAUAGGGAAGGGAUGUCCGCUUGUAGGAGUUGGAUUGGGUUAUAUUUUUAUAUUCUUUAUGCAGAAGUUACAUACCAUCGUGCUUAGAAUGCCAUUGCUUGGUUUAUAGAAAAUCAGAGUGUUGCCGUUAUUAUUUUUCUACAAAAAUUGGUUGGUGUUACAGUCAUUUUACAUUGUUUAUAUGCAAACGUUUACAGAAAGCAUUUGUUUUGUACAAAAGACAUUUAGUUGAAAGUGUUUGACACCAAACUAUUUUUGUUGCACUUUAAGGUUUUGUUACUGUACAAAUUAGAGGAUGAACUUGAAAAUGUUUAUGCUUCCAUUGUUAAGAUUGCUCUUUCAAUCAUUGUUGUUUUCAACCACUGUACUAAAUUUGUUUACCAAAAGUCAGUGAAUGAUAUCUUCACUAUAUUGUGACUAGAACAUGACUUGUUUUGUUCAGAAUCCAACUAUAUGGGUGAUUUAUAGGAAUUAUUAAUAAGGACAUCUGAGUGAAAGUAAAGAAAAGUGUAUGUGAAUGGUUCAGAAAGCUUACAACUUUUUCCACACAGAAGAUAUCUACAAAGAACAUUUCUUGAAAAGAAAACUAAAGACAUUACAUCUUGUUGAGUUAAUGUUGUCACGUAGGUGAUGAAGACUUGUUACUGUGGCAUAUGAGAUUUAAAAACAAUCAUCUAAAAAAUAGUCCAGCAGGCAAAUGAUAAACAUGCUUUUAAAUUUUAUCUUCUUUCUUAGGCUGAAAGUAAGUGUCAUUUUUUAUCUUUAAUAGUAACAAAAUAUUAGAAAGUCAGUAGUUAAAAAGUACAGAGCAAAUUGCAGCUUCUAGUGAAAGAUUGGAUAUAAAGUAACCAAACCAUUGAAUGAUUUUGAUUACGUAGUAAUAUUACCUGUAUAAAAAUGUUAGUACCCUGCUUGAUUGGUGUGGAUUGUUGGUAUUGAAAGUAAACUGUGAUAUGGUUAGAAAGUGUGAUAUAUCUUACCUUGACAGUCUUAAUGUUUUCUUUGUCAUUUCUUAAUUGGUAUAAUAUGAUCACACUUUAAAUGCUCAAUUUUAACAUUAAUUAAUGUUACUAAUCUAAAAAUUUCCCAUAUAUAUAUAUAUAUAUUAAAAUGGCCCAUUAGAACAUCUUAUUAUUACUUUUAAUUUUUUUGUGACACAUAAUCUGUUGGCCAUGUUUAGAUUCUUGUUAAUUCUGUGCCUUUUUUUGCUGAAGUUGCCAUUUAAUCAGUGCUCUACAUUCUUGUGGUGAAAACUAGUAACAUCUGAAUCAUGGAGUUUAGCCUUUGAAACCUUUGUUAGAAAGUUAAUAGCAAAUAAACAGUAUAACCUUUGCAGAUUACUAUGUAUAUUAAAUAAACUACUUAUCAACCUUAGACAUAAGUUGUUGAUAAAUGUAAGUGUAGCACACUGAUAGCUGGAAAGCAGUGUAAUCUGAAUAAUGUUUUAGUCUUUGAAUGUAAAUAAAAUAGAGAUAAAAUUCUUUGCACAGAGUUAUAAACUGAAAAUAUUGUGCAACCAAGAAAAAGUAACAAUUCUUUACCCCAAUGGCUGAUAUUUAUCCAAAGUAUUUGGAUCUGUUUCCCUGUAUGCUUCUAAAUGUCAGCAAUUUUUUGGGGUAUUUCUCUAGCAUAUUACUUACUUUCCUUCAAAUAGUGGUUAUAAUAAUGUUACUGACAGCCUGCACUUGCACUUUCUUGCCUUUUAUAACCAUCUUUUUGACAUCUGCAUGUUCUCAGUAACAGAUGGUUCUUUCAGGAAGAGGUCAGUUUCUUAACUGAUUUGCACACUUAUCAAGUAUUGUUGGUUUUACUUGAAACCAUAACCAUGUACAUAUACCAGUCUUUUCACUUGUUAGUAAGGGAGUAAGUUGCAGCUCAGCCGACUUUUUGCAAUGUUCUGUGAACACAACUGAUGCUGGACACUACCAUAUGGUUACUCCUUACCGCCAGAGCAGCCAGGAGGGUUAACUCCCCUUAAAACCAGAAGGUAGCUCCUUUAUUGCCAGAGCAGCCAAAAUGGGGAAAUUCCCAUUAAAGUGGCUAUUUUGUUUCUCAUGUGCCUUUGUGAGUUGUAACUUUUCCAUCCGGGAUUUUCAUGCAUUUGCAAUUUAGCUCUUUAGGGAUAUCUUAAUUUUUGCUUUUUUUUGCUAAGAAUUUUCCAACUCAUCAUAAACCUAAUUGUCUUUCAGAGUUCAUGUUCUGCAUUUUUAGAAAAUAACCACUGGAUGACUUAUUAAGAUGUUGAAUCAAAUACAGUUGAACUCUAUAAUGUUUCACUAUGCAUAAAUUAAGGCUAUGUUUUUAGCUUUAAAGCAAUGUAGUAUAUUGACUCAAUUUUUUAAUUAAUGAUAAAAAAGAAGCAUUUUAUGCUAAACGAAUCAUUGCUUCCUAAAUUAAUAUAGAAUUAGUAAUGGGAAUUCUCCCAAGGUAGGGCAAAUGUAGUAUCAUAAAUUGUAGGGUCACUGAAACUUUAUACUUUACAUUGUGUAGUGUUACUAGAAAUUCUACUAGGAAUUGGUCAGUACCCUCAUUCUAAUGUGGGGUGUACUUAAUAGACCAAAACACCACUUAUCCUCUCAACUCAGUUUGAAUACUUCUACUUGAGUUUAGGCUUUCAGCCAUAUAUUUUUUUUUUUUUGUAAAUGUUUUGAAUUUCACAGUUUGUAUCAUAUUUCCUGUAAGUACAUCAUUGAAUAAAUUUUUGAUAAUUUACCACAAUAAAUAAUCGCUAAAGCUGA